UUUUUGCUGAAAUGAUUUUAUCUGUCAUUCUGCACGUCGCACGUGAGGGUUUUUUUGGCUGAAUCUUGAUUUAUGAAAUGCAGAAUGCUAAGCUGCUGAUAUAGUUUGCCCCGGAACUACUUUUCUUGAAGACAAUUAAAGGCUUCAAGAAUGUCUACCCUUUCUGCUGAUGUUUCUCAAAAUGGUACUAUCAAGAAUGUUGAUUCGUCGAGUAGUGUUUUUGAACUAGAAGAGUAUGAUUUCUCCAAGUUGCCAGAUAGGCCUAAGAAUCUGAAUAUAGAUAGACAGCGAUCAUUUGAUGAAAGGUCACUUACUGAAUUACCAAUGGGACAUUCUCCUUGUCCCCCGUCGAGGGCGGAUAACUACUAUGGAGCUUUAGAUCAUUUUGACGGUUUUUUUUCCCCCAGUAAAAGGUCUCUCCUUAAUACUCCGAGGUCAUUAUUCGGAUACGAGCCACAUCCCAUGAUUGCUGAGGCAUGGGAAACUUUACGCCGUUCAUUGGUCUAUUUUCGUGGUCAACCGGUUGGGACCAUUGCAGCAUUAGACAGUUCUGAAGAAAAACUCAACUAUGACCAGGUGUUUGUCAGAGAUUUUGUUCCUAGUGCAUUGGCCUUUCUGAUGAAUGGAGAACCUGAAAUAGUGAAAAAUUUCAUCUUGAAGACCCUUCGGCUUCAGUCAUGGGAGAAAAAGAUUGAUCGAUUCCAAUUGGGAGAGGGUGUGAUGCCUGCUAGUUUCAAAGUACUCCAUGACCCAGUCAGGAAUACUGAGACAUUGAUGGCAGAUUUUGGCGAGAGUGCAAUAGGAAGAGUGGCUCCCGUUGAUUCUGGGUUUUGGUGGAUCAUAUUACUUCGAGCAUACACAAGGUCAACAGGAGAUUCUUCUUUGGCUGAGAUGCCUGAGUGUCAGAAAGGCAUGCGGCUAAUUCUCAGUUUAUGCCUUUCAGAAGGAUAUGACACAUUCCCAACUCUUCUUUGUGCUGAUGGAUGCUGUAUGAUUGAUCGCAGAAUGGGUGUUUAUGGAUACCCAAUUGAAAUACAAGCACUUUUUUUCAUGGCCUUGAGAUGCGCCUUGGUUUUGCUCAAGCAAGAUGCUGAAGGGAAGGAGUUUAUGGAACGGAUAGAUAAGCGUCUUCAUGCUUUGAGUUAUCACAUGAGAAGUUACUUUUGGAUAGAUAUGAAGCAGCUCAAUGACAUAUAUCGGUAUAAAACUGAGGAGUACUCCCACACAGCAGUAAAUAAAUUCAAUAUCAUGCCUGAUUCUCUUCCAGAAUGGAUAUUCGAUUUCAUGCCAACACUUGGUGGCUACUUUGUUGGAAAUGUUGGCCCUUCAAACAUGGACUUUCGUUGGUUUUGCUUGGGCAAUUGCAUUGCAAUAUUGUCAUCCUUAGCAACACCUGAACAGGCAACUGCCAUUAUGGAUCUUAUUGAGUCUCGUUGGCAGGAACUUGUUGGAGAUAUGCCUCUGAAGGUUUGUUAUCCAGCUAUAGAGGGCCACGAAUGGCAGAUCAUUACUGGAUGUGAUCCAAAGAAUAUUAGGUGGAGCUACCAUAAUGGAGGAUCAUGGCCUGUGCUAUUAUGGCUCCUGACAGCUGCAUGUAUCAAGAUAGGACGGCCUCAGCUAGCACGGCGUGCCAUUGAACUUGCUGAAACCAGGCUUUCAAAAGAUGGCUGGCCUGAAUACUACGAUGGCAAACUUGGUCGGUUCAUUGGGAAACAGGCUAGAAGAAACCAAACAUGGUCCAUUGCUGGCUACCUGGUCGCAAAAAUGAUGCUUGAAGACCCUUCACAUCUGGGAAUGGUUGCACUUGAAGAAGACAAGCAUCUGAAGCCUGUCUUGAGGAGAUCAUCAUCAUGGACCAAUUGAAGCUUCUCCAUGUUCUUUCUCCUUGCCUGCGACCUCAGUUUCUCCCUCAUUUCUCGGGAUGAAUGGAGAUACUUGCACAGUUGAACCAAGUAAUUGAAUAGAAGGGAAAGGGCAAAAGGCAUAUAUUUGGGCUAUAGGAGGGACCAAAGAUUUUUAGCUCAUCAAGAAUUCUGUGAAAGAUGAGCUUUCCUAUUAAUAGUUUUCAGUCAGGAACUUGCACUAACCAGUUAGCAGAUACAUAUGAUUCUGUCGGCUCUUUUACUUCUAAAUGCUUAGCGUUAUCUGGAUUCUUUUCUCCAGCUAGUAUUUUUUGCUGUCAUUUUGCACUUAGU